UUGACACACUCAGUAGACCUAUUGCUGUUGGUGUGGUUAUACUAAUAGUCUAUCUUCUUGCUGUUCUUGCCAAUAUGAUAAAUAUCAUGUUUAUUAUUUCUGACAAGAGAUUACAUAAACCAAUGUAUCUUCUUAUUUGCAACCUUGCUGUUAUUGAUAUAAUGUACACCUCCAGUUGCAGUCCAACAAUGAUUGGGGUUCUACUCGCAGCGAUGGAGUCAUUUAUUUUAGCAUUUAUGGCAUUGGAUAGAUUCAUUGCAAUAAUUUAUCCUUUCCAGUAUCAAAGUUAUUUAACAAACACACGUGUUCUUGUUCUUACAUUUAUCGUGUGGUUCGUUGCCUGGUGUUUUGUGUUUUAUAUGCCUGCAACUGUUGUCCCCCUCCCACACUGCAGUUCAAGGCUGAAAUACAACUUCUGUGACUUUCCUGCUGUAAUACGAACAACCUGUGUUAACCCAGAAAAAUAUUUCAAUGAACCCUUUGUAAACAAAGAAGUCAUUAACCUAAUUGUCAUGGUCCGCGGCCCGGCGUCCGGGGUGCUGAUGGGAUGCCCACGCUCACGGGCGUGGCUGCUAACCCCACACCUGCAUCCCAUCCCAGGCGAUCACCAGGUGAACUAUUUAAUCCUGCCCUACCUGCUGCUCCUCGCCAGUCCGUAG